UUAGAUCAAACUGGUUUCUCUUGUUUGGUGUGUUUUGAUCUCUCAGUGAGUGUUUCUGUUUUUCCUCUCAGACUGACUUCAGAUCAGAACAUGGACGUGUGUUUAGAGGACGAGGAGGACGGAGCAGAGUCUCCUGUACCCAGCUGUCUGUCUCUGAAGAGUGAUCGGUCCAGACAUGAACCUCUAAACUUCAGUAAAGAACCUGGACCCUCAGACACAAAAUUUGAGUGGAGCAGACAGAGAGCAGAGUCUCAUGAACCCAGCUGUCUGUCUAAGAAGAGUGAUCUGUCCAAAGAUGAUCCUUGUAACUUCAGUAAAAAACAUGGACUCUCAGACACAAAGGGGACGAAGAGGACUCAUGUUAUAGAGGAGCAGCCGUCCUGUCCUGUGUGUCAGGACGUCCUGAAGGAUCCCGUUUCUACCAGCUGUGGACACUGGUUCUGCAGACAGUGCAUCACCUCAUACUGGGACCAGUCUGGUUCACCACGAGACUCGUCCUGUCCUCAGUGUGGAGAAAGAUCCAGAACAGGACCUGGACUGCAGACAGUCAGUCAGAGCAGCACUGAACAAAUAGAUAGAGGUCUGCAGGAGGUUUUAGAUGAACAUAAGGUCAGUCUGAGGAGGAGAUGUGAAUGUGUGACUGAAGGAAGUGAUGAAACAGGAAGUAGAACCCUCCUCAACAGGAUAUACACUGAGCUCUACAUCACAGAGGGACAGAGUGAAGAAGUGAACACCCAACAUGAGGUGAGACAGAUUGAGACAGACUCUAAAAAGAGGACCCUCCAUGAGACUCCAAUCAAGUGCCAGGACAUCUUUAAAGCCUUACCCAACCAACAGAACCAAAAGACAGAAGCUCAACCCGACCAACAGAACCAAAAGACAGAAGCUCAACCAGACCAACAGAAACCCAUCAGAGUGGUUCUGACAAACGGCGUCGCUGGUGUUGGAAAAACCUUCGCAGUGCAGAAGUUCACUCUGGACUGGGCAGAGGGCUCAGAGAACCAAGACCUCAGUUUGGUGAUCCUGCUUUCAUUCAGAGAGCUGAACAUGAUCAGAGAUAAGCGGCACAGUCUUCUUGAGUUGCUCCGUGUUUUCCAUCCAACAUUACAGAAGGUCACAGCAGAGACGCUCGCUGUCUGUAAACUGUUGUUCAUCUUUGACGGCCUAAAUGAAAGCAGACUGUCAUUGGACUUCAAAAACAGGAAGUUUGUUUCUGAUGUCACACAGAAGUCAUUGUUAAACACACUGUUCACAAACCUCAUCAAGGGGAAUCUGCUUCCCUCAGCUCUCAUCUGGAUAACUUCUCGACCUGCAGCAGCCAAUCAGAUCCCUUCUUCAUGUGUUGACAGGGUAACAGAAGUACGAGGCUUCACUGACGCCCAGAAGGAGGAAUACUUCAGGAAGAGGUUCAGUGAUAAAGAAGAUCUGUCCAGCAGAAUCAUCUCACACAUCAAGACAUCCAGGAGCCUCCACAUCAUGUGUCUGAUCCCGGUCUUCUGCUGGAUCACUGCCACAGUUCUGCAGCACAUGAUGAGCACAGAGCAGAGAGGAGAGCUGCCCAAGACCCUGACUGACAUGUACUCACACUUCCUGCUGCUGCAGACAAAGAGGAAGAAACACAAGUAUGGUGAGGGAUUUCAGAUGAGUCCACAUGAGCUGAUGGAGGCUGACAGGGAAGUUCUUCUGAAACUGGGGAGGCUGGCGUUUGAACAUCUGGAGGACGGAAACAUCAUGUUCUACCAAGAAGACCUGGAGCGGUGUGGUCUGGAUGUCACAGAGGCCUCGGUGUACUCAGGAGUUUGUACAGAGAUCUUCAAAACAGAGUGUGUGAUCUUCCAGAAAACAGUCUACUGCUUUGUUCAUCUGAGCGUUCAGGAGUUCCUGGCUGCAGUCUACAUGUUCCACUGUUUGACAAACAGGAACACAGUUGUAGUGAAGGCUUUCCUUAAAGACAUCAACAUCAUUUUUCAAACUCCUGAAAGUGAUGACUUAUCCCUGGAUAUCUUCCUGAGGAGUGCCAUGGAGAAAUCCCUGAAAAGUAUAAAUUGUCACCUGGACCUGUUUGUUCGCUUCCUUCAUGGCCUCUCUCUGGAGUCCAACCAGAGACUCUUAGGAGGCCUGCUGGGUCAGACAGACAACAGUCCAGAAAUGAUCCAAAGAGUCAUCAACAAGCUGAAGAAGAUGAACACUUAUGAAAUCUCUCCAGACAGAAGCAUCAACAUAUUCCACUGUCUGACGGAGAUGAACGACCUCUCAGUCCAUCAGGAGAUUCAAGAGUUCCUGAAGUCAGAGAACAGAUCAAAGAAGGAACUGUCUGUGAUCCACUGCUCUGCUCUGGGCUACAUGCUGCAGAUGUCCAAGGAGGUUCUGGAUGAGUUGGACCUGGAGAAGUACAAGACAUCAUACAAGGGACGAUGGAGACUGAUUCCAGCUGUGAGGAACUGCAGGAAGGCAAAUCUGCACCGAUGCCAAGUCAAGGAAACAUACUGUGACGUCGUGGCCUCGGCUCUGAAGUCCAACCCCUCCCAUCUCAGAGAGCUGGACCUGAGAGGGAAUGGGCUGCAGGAUUCAGGAGUGAAGCUGCUGUGUGAGGGACUGCAGAGUCCAAACUGCAGACUGGAGACUCUGAGAUUGAGUCUCUGCAGGUUGUCAAAGAUCAGCUGUUCUUCUCUGGCCUCAGCUCUGAAGUAUAACCCCUUCCAUCUCAGACAGCUGGACCUGAGCUCCAACAACAAGCUGCAGGAUUCAGGAGUGAAGCUGCUGUGUGAUUAUCUGCGGAGUCCAAACUGUAGACUGGAGACUCUGAGAUUGAGUGGCUGCAGUUUGUCAGAGAUCAGCUGUUCUUCUCUGGCCUCAGCGCUGAAGUCCAACCCCUCCCAUCUCAGAGAGCUGGACCUGAGCAGAAACAUGCUGCAGGAUUCAGGAGUGAAGCUGCUGUGUGAUUAUCUGCAGAGUCCAAACUGCAGACUGGAAACUCUGAGAUUGAGGAACUGCAGUUUGUCAGAGACUAGCUGUUCUUCUCUGGCCUCAGCUUUGAAGUCCAACCCCUCCCAUCUCAGAGAGCUGGACCUGAGUGGGAACAAGCUGGAUUCAGGAAAGAAACUGCUGAGAGAUCUUGAGAGGAAUCCAAACUAUCGACUGGAGACUCUGAGGGGAUGAUGAUCUCUGACAGAAUGUGAGUGAUCAGGACGCUGGUGGUGCAGAGGAGCAGCUGUGUCCUGAUGAUCCACAGAGGAUGAACCUCCACCAGCUUGUGGGUGGAAAAGCUCUGAAAGCUGAGGAGAGCUUCAUCCAUCAGGGACUGACAGAGGAAUCACCCUAAAGUUUAUUUCAGUUUUAUUUCUAAUGAACUUGUUCUCCACACAUUACAGGAGAGGAAGGUCAAACAUGAAACAGCUGGUAGAAAUGUUAAGGGAUCAAAAGCUACCAAUAAAUGCUGCAGUUAUUCUUCUCAUGUGAUGAUUAUUUUGAUUCUAUUUCUUACAAAAAGUACAAACCAGAACUUGUAUGUAUUGAAGUAAUAUUCUCUUUAAAGCCUCUUUAAAACAUGCCCUGCACUCCUAAAAUGUCCUGACCUCAUCAGGCUGAGCUGCAUGUGUGAACAGGAAGUGUCCUUUCACACUAAUUAUUUUGGCUCCAGAAUUUGUGUUUGACUCUGAUGGUUAAAAAACGGUGUUUAUACAUUUCUCUUCUGGUCGACAUCGUGCAUCAACUGCAUGAGAUGUUAAGAUCAAUGGUCGCUCAAUGAGUCAGGUUUCUGAGGUCACAUAUCGAGAUCUACUGCUGGAUUCUUGUCUGACAUUCCAGUUAGUCUGAGGAAUAAUCCUGGUUUCACCAUUAUCACCGUUAUUUUACAUGAAUUUCACAACAUUACAAACAUGUAUAAAAUCACAUGAACAGUAAAUAGACUUGAGCUUGUUUAUUUAUUUUCUAGUCUUCUGACUACUAAAAGCGCUUUUACGCAUUCAUACGCCGCCGACGAAGCAGCGGGAACAACUUGGGUUUAAGUGUCUUUCCCAAGGACACAUCGGACAUGUGGCUGCAGGAGCUGGGGGUCAAACACUCGACCUUCCUGUUGAGAGACAACCGACUCUACCGCUGCGCCACAGCCAUCUCUCCCUUCUGAAUCUGAAGCUUUGUGAAAAAUAUAUCUAGUUGGCUUUUUUCACUUAAACUGUCGCUGCCUUUUGAAGCAUACAUGAUAAUUGAACAGUGAUAAUAAAACAUAAUGAACUUCAGAA